CUGAUAUCCCUUUCGGCUUCCCCAUCCCAGUAGUUUAGGAUUUCCCGUCUUUUCCAUUCUGACGCUUUGAUUCUGAUCAAUUCUCUGGCUUGCUGCUUCCUGAUAAUCGACCAGUUCUCCAGUCUUGCUCCCUGCACUCCUCCGUCCUCCAUCUCCGGCAUUGUGUUCUGACUCACCUGCUCCAAUGGCUGUCCUUUCUGCUGCUGAUGCUCCCCCGGUCUCUGCGAUUGGGUUUGAAGGCUACGAGAAACGCCUUGAGAUAACUUUCUCGGAGGCAUCUGUCUUUGUCGACCCUCAUGGGCGUGGUUUGCGUGCCCUCUCCAGGGCCCAGAUUGACUCUGUUCUGGAUCUUGCACGGUGCACCAUUGUGUCCGAGCUCUCCAACAAGGAAUUCGACUCCUAUGUCCUUUCUGAGUCGAGCCUGUUUAUCUAUCCUCAUAAGCUUGUCAUCAAGACCUGUGGGACUACCAUGCUCCUGCUCACCAUUCCAAGGAUCCUCGAGCUUGCCGAAGAGCUGUCUAUGCCGCUUGCUGCUGUGAAGUACUCCCGUGGGAUGUUCAUCUUCCCCAGUGCACAGCCGGCCCCCCACAGGAGCUUCUCUGAGGAGAUUGCUGUCCUGAACCGCUACUUUGGUGGCCUCAAAUCUGGUGGUAACGCUUAUGUGAUUGGAGAUCCAGCAAAGCCUGGACAGAAGUGGCACAUCUACUACGCCACUCAGUACCCAGAGCAACCUAUGGUUACCCUUGAGAUGUGCAUGACUGGUCUAGACAAGAAGAAAGCUUCAGUCUUUUUCAAGACUUCUGCUGAUGGUCAUACAUCAUGCGCUAAGGAAAUGACCAAGCUCUCUGGUAUCUCUGAAAUUAUCCCUGAGAUGGAGAUCUGCGAUUUUGACUUUGAACCCUGUGGCUACUCCAUGAAUGCGAUCCAUGGCUUUGCAUCCUCUAACAUUCAUGUGACCCCUGAGGAUGGUUUCAGCUAUGCCAGUUAUGAGGUUAUGAACUUCGAUGCCACUGCUUUGGCUUAUGGCGACCUCGUUAAGCGGGUCCUCAGGUGCUUUGGCCCUUCGGAGUUCUCUGUUGCAGUCACCAUCUUUGGUGGCUGUGGCCAAGCAGGUACAUGGGGGAAAAAACUUGAUGUUGAGGCUUACGAUUGCAGCAACAUGGUAGAGCAGGAGCUCCCAUGCGGUGGCCUUCUUAUUUACCAGAGCUUCUCUGCUGAUGAAGGCUUUGUUGCUGUCGGGUCACCCAAAUCCGUCCUUCACUGCUUUGAGGGCGAGAACGUGGAGAAUGCUGCUCCUGCGAAGGACGGCAAACUGGCUAAUCUUCUCUGCUGGGAAGAGGACGCCAUGGAGGAGAAAGAUGUAGUGCUGGACGAGCAAGACGACGGGCUUCUGGUUUCGAUUCGCUGCUGAGCUUUUUUCGUCCGUGGAAUUUGUACCGAUCGAUUGUCGUGGUUUUCGUUUGGUUAUUGUGUGAAGCAGCCAAGCCAGGCUAUUAGUGUUAUCGUUUGUAAGCAUCGGUUAUGAUUUGUGCCGCAUGCUGAGUCUGAAUAAAUCUAAAUCUCUAGGUGGUCUGCUGCGUCUGCCACAAUGAGCAUCUGUGGAGAAUUGUCUGUCAAAGCAUAUGAAUAAGAAUAGUCUUUUAAGUUAA